AUCGCUUGCACAUGACAAGACAUAUUCUUAUCACCAUCUUCCGGCGCCAAGAUCCUUUUUGUCUUCUUUUCCGCAUCGAUCUCUGAAUGCUCAGCAUCCCCCGCUACGUGCUAAGCUGCUGCUGCGACCAUGUCGUUCCCGAAUCUUUACUACAAGCGAAUCACAGCGACCGCGAAAGCAUGCUACAUCUGUUAUAAGCCAACGACUGCCGUGCUCGCCACGAUAGAUACCUCCGAUUUUCUGUAUACAUGCACGGUUCACCUGUCAGACCAUGGGUUCGCUACCCGCGUGCUCGAUCUGGAGAGCGAUAACAAGAUAGGAAUUAGUGCUGAGGAGAUCGCGAAGCUCAGGGAGGAGUGGGAGGAGAAGCAGAAACGCAAGAAGGAGAAGGCGGAUAAGGACAAAGACAAAGACAAAGACAAAACAGCCGGCGAAGGUGAAAAGAAAGAGGAUGACGGCAAGUCAGAGAAGUCAUCAAAGGUGCCGGGAUCUUUGCCCACGUCGGGUUCUCUAUCACCAAAGCCCACCCACGAGAAGUAUAUUUUACAUCGUGAUAUAUUUGCCCUGAGAGUCUCGGAGCACCGACGACGGAGGCAAACAUCACAGGCAAAGGAUCUAGCCCCUCGUCUUCCAGGAGCACCCAGUAGCAGUCUGUCGUGAUACGAAUCGUCUCAUCCACUGUAGUAUCGUACUAUAGGAUU